AAACAAAAAACAUCAACAAAAAGUCUUUUCUCCGCACGGCCCCAAGGACAUCGUCGGCCAGGAGCUGAGCGGCGACUACUACGAAAAGGCGGCGCCCGUGAUCGAGGUGCAGGUGGCCAGGGCCGGCUACAGGCUGGCCCGGUGGUUGGACCUCAUGGUCGAGAGCCUGCACCACUCGGGCGAUAUUGGCGAGCUAUAAGUGAACCCGCCCAGGGCCCUGGGAUGGCAAAUUCGUCCAUGUGUUCUUUCUCACCGUGGCGGACAUGGGAACGAACGGCGGGGGGCCGGUCAGACUACCUACCAGGAAGAGCAACUUUGCGCAAAUACGUUUAUUUCUUUUCCUCUUCUUUCCCCGAUCGGGAUUCCCUCCCCGGUACUUUUUCGCCUCAUCCCCCUCCCAGCUCGCCUUUCCUUUCCCUGCCAACGGGGCCAGCUGCAACCUCCCAACUGGCUGGGAGGUGGGAACGAAACCUCCCAACUGACUAGGAGUGGGGAACGAGGUUCAUGAGUCGAGCAGCCGGCCAGUGGGCGAUUUCCGGGGGCGCGGAUGAUGCCUAAAACCGAGUCGGGGAACCGUUGGAGCAUGGACGUUGAUGGGGAUGGCGGGAUGGACGGGUGUGGCUUCUUUUUUCUCCAGCCCCGUGCUCACCUUCGUCCUCCAUUUGGCGCAGCAUUAUUUGGCCACUUAUGCAAACACAUUGUCUCGACCCGGAUCUCGUACGCUGGGCACGGUACUCGGACAGCCAUGAUCUCCCUGCCGCAAAUCUUGUCUUUGAUCAUGAUCACUGCCAAUGUUGUCCUUCAUUUGUGUUUUUUUGA